UGUAUUUUUUCGGUUACAGUUAAUGUCUCACGGCUGACAUGGCUUCCGCUUUCAAACAAGGACGCUUCACAGCAUGCAUAUUUUUGUUUUGGUUAAUGACAAUAAUUUUUUGUACACAAAAAGGUAAUUUCUUACUUUAUUAAAAAAAUAUAUACUCUUUUGCAUAUCCAAUUCUUUCAAUAUAAUAUAUUAAUGUUUGCAAUUUUAAUUUUUUUUUUGUUUUUUGCUAAAAAAAAAGAUAUGGUUAUUCAGCUGUAUCAAUCAUAUAACUAUAAACAUAUUUUAUCUCGCCCACCCCCUCAAAAUAAACAAGAUUUAAUUUUCAUUUCAAGGUGUGAAAUGUAUUAUUUUGUAUGAGUUAACAGUGAUGCACACAAAAGUCCCUGUUGUCAAUAAUACAACAACUCUCAGGACUGUUAACGAUGAUACCAAGAUUCUACAUUGAGUUUUGUGCCACUGUUACUGUUUUUCUUUUCUAUUAAACCUCUCUUUUACUGCAUGGAAUUAAUAUUUCAUUAUAAGAAUAGCUGUUUCGAAAUGGGAAUUUCUAAGAGAAAACGCGAACAGCUAAAAUAAAAUUGUCUGAUGAAUUCAAAUAAACAUGACACUCUAUGCCAUUUCGCAUAAUUUUCUCUUAUAUUGUUUUUAUUUAUAAAAUACCGUAAUCAAUUUAAAAAUAGUUACGAUGGCCGUAUAAGAAAAAUGUAGACAUUAUUUCCACUGUGCUACAUCCGUUCUUCUCAGCUGUAAUUUAUUUUUUACCACAAAUAUUCUAAAGCAGGAGAUUUCAAUCUGCAGACGGCAACUAACUCAAUAGUUUGUUAUAACAAUUUAUAAGAUAUGUUAAGAAAGUAUUCUUUAAUUGAUCCAUACAUACGGGAAUUUUUUUUGACGACUUGGUACCUAUUCAUAUUCUGUCCGUUCCCAAGACACACUAAAACGUAUGGUGAACGAUCUUUCUCUUUCUGCGCCCCCAAACAAUGGAAUUCUUUGCCACUACACAUACGCAAUAUACCAACCACCCAGGCCUUCAAAACUGCACUAAAUACAAGGUUAUGUGGUGGGGUUGGUGAAUAUACAUUGCUGCUGUACUUUAUUUCAUAAAUGUAUUUUAUUUUAAUGUCAUGAUUAUGUCUCUUUUGAUAAAAUUUGUAUGUACAGUGCGGUGAGCCCAGCCCUAGGCUGGGGUACCGCGCUAUAUAAGACCUCUUAUUAUUAUUAUUAUUAUAUUUAGAAUAUUUUAAUUUAAAAAACGAAACAAAUACAUUGAAAGGGUAAUUAAAGGGUAAACAAACAAAUGUUACCUUUCAAAUAUAUAAAUCAUUUUUAUAACAAUGUUAUUUUUUUAAAAAGUUAAUAAUUAAAUCUGAAUGGAUAUCUCUUCUAUAUAUCAACAAAUGCAGAGAGAAGAAUUAAACAGUACAAGCCCAUGAAAGUCAUAAUUUUAAAUUGAGUUUGAAUAUCAAUAUCUUUUUACAAAUGAACAGCAUUCAGAUUUUCCACAACACUCAUUCUUUUUCAGAAGCUGAAGCGUCAGAUCCCAUCUUGAAGUAUGACUGUAGAAAGCCUGGGGAAAUCUGUGUAUCUUCACAAAACUGUAAUCUAACGACUGGAUCUUGCGGCUGUCAGCAGAACACAAAUAACACGCACUAUGAUUAUUCAUGUCAAAGUUACAGUAAGUAAAACAUAACUUAUUCAAAAUAUCUGGCUUAAAAUUAACUUGUUUCGGAUACAAUUUUUUUUCUUUCUCCUUCUUUCUUAAUUACAAACAACAUAUAUUUUUUGUUAAAUGUUUAUUGAGAACUUUGUUUCUGUUUUUCAGGUAUAAAUGCAUUAGCCAAUUGUUUGGCCUUUGAUAAUUGCAGUGGACAUGGUUUCUGCAAUGCUACAAAUAAUUGCGUUUGUGAUGAAGGAUACUACGGGGGAAAAUGUAGCAUGCCAAGAGGUAAAUAAUUUCAACCAAGCGUCUUUUCUAUUGACAGUUGUGUCCGUCCCGUGUUAGAAAUCUAAUGUUAUAAGCCCACAUUUUAAAAAUUUCAGUAUUUUCAAAACGCGAAGUGUCAAAUUGGGUGUUGUCUUGACUACAAAGCAUUAAGUAGAAACAACGACAUUUUUUUUCUCCAACGUAAUGUUUACAGUUUAAUUGUUAUUGGAAUGGACCUAAUUUAAUAAUACACACAUUCUUGUAUGGCGAAACUGCUGUCAUUGAAUUUAGUACACAAUGAUCUGUACAAUUGUAGCAUUGAUUUGAAUAACUGAUCAAAAUAUUACUGAAUCUUUUCUAUCUUAUUUAUGUAGUUAUAAGAUGAGAUAAUUUUUUUUUUCUCCAACGUAAUUUUUACAGUUUAAUUGUUUUUGGAACGGACCUAAUUUAAUAAAACACACAUUCUUGUAUGGCGAAACUGCUUUCAUUGAAUUAAAUAAAAAAAAAAAAAAAAAAAAGAAAUAGAAUCUCUGAAAGAUCUGUGAAGCAUAUUUUCUGUAAUUAAUAUAUUUUAAAAAAAUAUAUUUUUCUUUAGACGCCGAUUAACGUCAUUAUUACGCUAAAAUUUCAAACACUCGGGAGUUCGAUAGCGUUUUUUAUUUCGUUCAAACACGAAAUACAAUUUCACUUUUUAUUUAAAUGAAAAUGCCGAAGAUUGAAAAUUAAAGGUGGAUGAUUGAUUUAAUACUUAUAUAAAUUGGUAUAUACUAUUCGCAGCAAGAAUAAAUCGAUUGUUUAUCUCUUACAAUAAAAAGUAAUAUUUAUUACAAAAUUGUUCAUUCCCAUAUUUAGUUCUCUAGCUUUCGGAAACCAACGAUAUAAGUAAGAAAAUUAGACAUGCACACGCCAACCCAUAACAAGGUAAAGCCGUAGUGAUAUGUCUGGCUUGCAUUCAGUACGAAAAUGCACCUAUCUUCUUAAACAAUCUGUGAACUGGCAUAUUGCUGAUUUUCAGUUUGUUGAAAGGGAGAACACAGACAUGAUUCUCAUUAUAUGCAACGUACGGGUCGAUCAGAGUUCCACUUCCGUUGACACAAAACACCUCCGUAACGGAGAAAUUUCGCAACAGUAGUCAAAAUAACUGCGUAACUGGGAGCAGUCUUAUGAAAUCUCUCUUUGCCAUUGUUCUCUUGCCAUUGUUCUCUUGCCAUUGUUCUCUUGCCAUUGUUCUCUUGCCAUUGUUCUCUUGCCAUUGUUCUCUUGCCAUUGUUCUCUUGCCAUUGUUCUCUUGCCAUUGUUCUCUUGCCAUUGUUCUCUUGCCAUUGUUCUCUUGCCAUUGUUCUCUUGCCAUUGUUCUCUUGCCAUUGUUCUCUUGCCAUUGUUCUCUUGCCAUUGUUCUCUUGCCAUUGUUCUCUUGCCAUUGUUCUCUUGCCAUUGUUCUCUUGCCAUUGUUCUCUUGCCAUUGUUCUCUUGCCAUUGUUCUCUUGCCAUUGUUCUCUUGCCAUUGUUCUCUUGCCAUUGUUCUCUUGCCAUUGUUCUCUUGCCAUUGUUCUCUUGCCAUUGUUCUCUUGCCAUUGUUCUCUUGCCAUUGUUCUCUUGCCAUUGUUCUCUUGCCAUUGUUCUCUUGCCAUNCCCCCCCCCCCUUUUUUUUUUUUCAAAAAUCAAUGAAUGCCUAAAGUUCGAGUGAAAAUAUUGGUCGAAUAUGAAUUUAUUCCUCCGUUGACAGCCCAUUUGUAACAAUAUAGGCACAACUUAUGAUAUUCUCUCACUUACAACAUUAAUCUUAUCUCACUUCUUGGAAAACGUGGCAGUUGGAGCUAUUCACCCUUGACUAACGCAUCUACAUGUUUACGAUGUGUCUGUGUCAGUUCAGUUAUUUUUGGCUCAAACUUUACUUGAGAUGUUCCACACUCUUUGAAGUAUUUAGAAAGCUAAUUAAACGAGUCCUUUUUUAAUUUAGUCUCAAAAUCAUUAUCAUUGAUUUAUGUUCAUAAAUGAAACGUUUAUUUUAUAUAUAUAAACUAUAUUCUGGACUAAAUUAAUGUUAACGCUAGUUUUACAUGUCAAACAUACUUAGACAAUAAGGAAGGGUGAUAGGAAUGUUUACCCUUCGUGAGAUUUAAUUGAUAUUUGUUAUAGGUAUAAUUUUUUAAAGCGUUCCAUUUAACACACACUUUUUUUUACCUAUGUUCGCCGAGUAAGCUGAAUCCCCCUAGUAUGUAUAUUUUGAUCUGUGUAAAACAAUUAGACCUUAUGAUAGAUUAAAUUACAAAUUCCAUAGUUGCAGUGCUUCUCAGUCCUUUAUGCCAUAAUUUAAAAUAAAAAUCAUAUUAAGUUAUGUAGAAUUGUGAAAUAUGUUUACUGUUAUUAUCGUGGAUAAAUAAAUUCCCGUUGCGUUUUUUAUCACUUUUUAAAAUUAUGACCAAAUAUUUUAAUUUUAUCUACCGGAUGCAAAAUUUCCUCAAACAAAAGUGCCACUUGCAAGUUCCCACUCGCAAUUUCGUAAAUUAUUCUAGUACUAGCUACUCAAAUUUGAUAUUUGAAUAAUAAAUGCAAGAUGAGGCUCUAAAAUUAUUGUAUAUUUGUUAAAAUUUGAGAUGCUAAAGUAUAACAUUCUUUGAAGCUACUGCGGGGCAAUUGUUCAUUUUUUUCACUGCGAAUCCAUUACUAUCAAUUAAUAAAACAAGGUAAAGCAAUAAAUUAUUUCUCUUAUAAAUUUGAUUUUUAUAAUGUAGCGGAAGAAUAUUUAUUGUUCAUACAGUUUUGUUUUGUUAUGUUGUCAGUUCAAGUUGCGUGUAACCUCACACAUAUGUUCAUCAACGUAAACCCCUAUGGCAGUGGCGGAAUGUUUGUAUAUGUCUCGGGGCAUCAAGAAGCACCCUGUGUGUUACAGGAUAAAGUAAGUAUGGUCUUGUACUGCAGCCCCCCCCCCCCGAACUGGUCAAGUGACCCCCCCCCCAGCUAAAAGUGUACAUCAAUUAAAUAAAUCAUAAUUUUAUUAACAAAAUACUACAUUUUCAUUUUUUAAAAGUUUUAAAAAUAAUAGUAUGUGAAUCUUUAAAGCGAAUACAAUUAGUGAAGUCAGCGAAAUAUCGCUGCGCUCAAUAUAUUUGACGAUUCAUAUAUUUAAGGCUAAACUUCUUAGAAUUUUACACUACUUAAAUUAUAAAUAUCGUACUGGGGACUCUCAAUUAUAGGCAUAAGUCUUAAUUCCCGUUGUUGGCACAUAUAGGUAUUUUUAUUGAUUUAAUUUUUGCUACUUCACAAGUGUUUAAUUGCCUGGUAUUAAACAAACUUUACAUCAAUAUAAAGCACAAACCUUUUUAAUAAAAGUUCUAACUAAGUAUCAAACAUGUGCAAUCUAGAUUCAAAUUAUAUUUCAUCAUAAAAUCAUGACUUUUAAAGUACGGAUAGGUGUUACUCAUAAACUGAAUGAUUGCAUUAGGACUUUAAAAAAUAUUGUUAUUAGCAUAACUUUAAUUGUUAUCGAUAUAUUGUAUGUCGAGUGAGAUAAAAAAACUUUUGAAAUAAAUGAUAUAUACAUACAUAUAUAUAUAUAUAUAUAUAUAUAUAUAUAUAUAUAUACACACACACACAUAUAUAUAUAUAUAUAAAUCGAGAAUUUACCAUGUACAUAGAAAUGAUACAAUAUAUAUCAACAUUUUAUCUAAACAGUUUGUGUUUUCUUUAUAUAUUAUAAAUUUAAUUGUUAUAGAUAUAUUGUAUGUCGAGUGAGAUAAAAAAACUUUUAAAAAAAAUGAUAUAUACAUACAUAUAUAUAUAUAUAUAUAUAUAUAUAUAUAUAUAUAUACACACACACACAUAUAUAUAUACAUAUAAAUCGAGAAUUUACCAGGUGCAUAGAAAUGAUGCAGGUUAUAUCAACAUUUUAUCUAAACAGUUUGUGUUUUCUUUACAUAUGCUAAUGUGUAAAAAGGUUUCCUGAAUAACAGAGUUUUAAAAAAAAAAUUGCCUGUAUUUAUUUAAUUCCCAACUGAUUUAGAUCUAGUCUUUUCAAUUUCCGAAUAAUAAAUAAUUUGCACGGAUUAAAAAAAAAUAAUAUUUUUCCUAGAUGAGAAUCUAGAAGAAAGCUAAAAAAUAAACACAAUUUUUGUGAACUAGCAUUUCGAAUAUCAUGCAAAUUCUUUUUUCUUUUAUGGUUGGGGGCAAUAGUUUUAGAAAAAUAUACUUACUCCUAUUUUGACAAUUUAAAUAAAUUCUGUGGAUUUGGUAAAAAUGUUUUAAAGUUUAUCUAAGAUAAACAAAGACCUAUCUAAGAUCUCUGUUUCUGUACCCCCUUCCUCUCUCGCUUAUAAAUGUUUCAAUAUGAAUUUGAAUAAACGCUUUAGCCAAAUGAUUAAUUUGGGACACGCCACAUCCGUGAUGAAUUCGGUUUAUGUAUGGCAUUUGGAGACAUAUCUUUCCCCCGAUCAAAAAGUAUCCUGCAAAAUGCACCUUUUGAUUUUGAAAUAUCAAAAUAAUAAUAAUAAUAAUAAUUCUAUAACAUAAAUAAACAACCUAUCUGUCUGGUCUCCAAGCAUUUCAAUAGCACUAACCAUGAUGGAAUUUUAGACAUCUCAGUUACUUGUAUACUGUAUACUGGUAACACACCGGAAAGGAUUGAUAUGGAGAAUAAAUCAAUUACAAGAUUUGGUACGUUGACUCCAUACGGGAUAAACCAAAUCCACAAUUUUACGUAGCUGCCAUGUCUUUUUCCUGUUUGGUUUUUACAUUUUAAUUCAAAUCACUCACUUUUCAUUCUUCUUUACUUUGUUCCCGUCUGGUUUUUUCGCCCACUCAUAUUUUUUCUCCUUUUUUAGGCAGGAUAAAUGAUAUAUAUAUAUUAUGUAAAUUUAAUUUAUACUUAUUUAAAUGUUUUGUUGUUGUACUGAUGGAGGCAUGCGCCGAAACGUUUACUUGUGUAUUAUGUAAAAUUAUUUUUAAAGUCUAACGUAUAUUGUUAUAUUGACACAAAUUGUCCUUGUUUAAUUAAUCUACUUUAAAGCUUUACGGCAGUCAAAAACUCUUAUAAUUCUGGGAAGAAGACUCAACAGACCCCCAUCGCUCAAGAUUCAUCGGCGUCCUCGAUUUCUACCAUACUUCCCGAUGAAAACGAUCGCUAACUUUGGUGACGAUAGAUACACUGCCUAGGGGCGUAGCUUGUAUUACUUCCACCAUGGGCAGUAAAAGAUUUUUUUUUUCCGUUUUCCCUUUCACGAUAAAACUCUGCAGUUGUCAAAAAACAAAAAAAAAAGAGGUUGCACUUGGGUGGCCCAUCCGAACCCUUUCUAUGUCACCGGCAGGGUGGGCUAGAGUGUUUCGCGUUAGGGGACAAGAUUCUUAAACUAAACCGAAAUUUAACUUUUCUGUUUCGGCCGAAGCCGAAACUAGGCCGAAAGCGAUCAAAUGGUAACUUUUGGCACCGAAACCGAAGCCGAAAUUAGGUCGGUCACUAGUCUGAAAACACUCUUAUGCAACCUAUUUUUCUAGGUGCUGACCACUCUCUGAUUUACAGAGUGGUGAAUAUCAGAUAUUUCUCUAAGCACACAACAUACUCCUGUAUAGUGCCAUUGAAUCAUCUAGAAACACUAGAGUUUUUUUUAAACUUUAUAUAAUGAGAAAUAAAGUUAUUUUCCAGCAAUUUUGAAUUGUUUCCGUAUCACCAAACUCAUACAUGUAGUUAUGUCAUUCAACAUUUUCAGGUCCCAGCUGAUUUGAGAAAUUUUGGAUUGGCAGGGGAUGUAAAAGGAUGGAACUUGGUGAUUUCUCACAAUGGCAGCACUUGUGGAGGCGCCAUUGUAAAACAUUCCAGAAAUCAGGUAUUUAAAAAACAAAAACAACGACUGACGUAUAUUUUAUUUUGGAACCUAAAUUAAACUUAUUUAUAAAUUCUGUCUGCUAACACAUUGUAGUGGGAAAAGCCCUUUUAUAUUCAAUAUUUAAAUUUAAGUCUGUUUGGCGUUGACAUUAAGAGCAAGACAAACUAAUAUUAAAAACAAUUUUCUUCUCAAGUGGCUAGGAAAUGUUUCGAAAAACUGAAUUCUCUUGUUUCCUUAAUAUUUAUAUGACUUUGAGUGUGUUAUUAAUAAUUAUAACAUGUUUUUCUUUUAUGAAAUUUAAAGCCAGGUACAAAAAUUUAUAAGCGGACCUUCCAAAUGCAAUACUUACAAGAAAUCAAAACAUUGGAAGAUAAGGUCAUCGAAGCAGAGUGUAAAAUAUCGGGAAACGAAGAAGUCAUUUCUUUUGGAAAUUAUACAGUCAAUGAUAUUAGCAAAGAGUAAGAAUGUUAAAAAAAAUAUUUUCUUAGAAUACCCUUUCCUAAGUAGCACUUGUCCAGAAAAAUUCCAGUUAAUGAAUGAAAUGUAUUUAUGUCACAUAUAUUAAUUUUUAAUUUUUUUUUUCAAUCAAUAAUUCUUCCUUAAUCUGUAAUUGAUAUGAUUUGUAAAUUGUGUUUUUAAAAACAGUAGUUAGUUAUUUAUUUCUAGGACCUUUUUCUGAUAAAGCUUUUUAUAUUUUAUACUAAAAAACAACAACAACAAAAAAGCAAGAUGUACAGCAAAGAGGUUUACGUUGAAAACUAGACAAAAGAAGAGAAAAAAUGUUUUGUGCAGAAAAGUCUCUCGUAAAAAAAAUGGGAAAACCGGAUUUAAAAAAGUAAAAAACUGAACAAAAAUGCAUGAACAAAUGCGUUCUUUUAUAAAUUUCCAUUGAAAAAAACAACAACAAUCAAUUUGAAUUUAAUUACUUAAUUGACGAAUAUUAAUUAUAAAAUAGACAAUUCAAGAAAUAUGUGUUACAAUUGCAUUACAACGUUUAUAAUAGAUUAAAGUAGAUUUUUUAUUGAAUAAUAUUUUUUAAAAUAAUUUUAGCAAUGGGCUCAAUGUAUCCUUUGCUAUUACUGCUAAUGUCACUUUGGCUGUUCAACAUAAUGGAACGGAUGUGUCUUCGUCUUCUAUCAAUUUGGGAGAUGAGCUGGAUCUGAUUUUUACAAUGAGCAGCGUUAACAAUGGUGAGCAUUUUUAAAUCCUUUAUAAUUAACGUCGCUUUCGUUCUUGGCUAGCUGGCAAAAUCUUCUAACGGCUAAAUGAUCCACAUCCCGUCACCAUAUCGAGCUAAAACUUGGCAUAUAGACUCAAGGGCUUUGACAACAGAUCGUUUCAAAUUUUCAGCCCCAGCACAAAUCAGUUUUUCAAGGAGACCAUGGAAAAAUUAAUUGGGAUUAUUAUAAAUUGCGUUACUUGUAGGCAUGUUUUGUCAAAUUUUCAGCCCCAUCCAUUAUUAGUUGAUAUUAUAUUUUAUAAAGGAUUUAUACGAAAAAGUAUGUUUUCAGGGGUUGUCUCAUAACCCUCUUUUAAUACGAUAUGAAGAUUUGAGGCAUCGUAUCGAUUCUCAUCCCCGAUUCAGUAUUUUCAAAGUUAAAAAACUAAAUUUCACCUAUAACAACGCGCAGUACUAAUGAUGUUAAUUUGUUGUUAACGAACAGUUUGAUUCGCUUUCAUCUUUCUAGCAAUGAUUCAUUGAAAUGUUGAGAGUAUAAAGCCACCGGUCGUGCUCUCAUCCAGUACUAUCAAAAUUUUAAUACGAAUUUAAACACCGUAGUAUCCCAGGUAGUCUCAUCUGAUACUCAUUCUCCAACCAAAAUAAUAUUUUCAGAUAAACUCUCUUUGAGAAUUCUGGAGACCGAUCUUUUAAACAUCUUUGACGAUAACUGUUCUGUAGCGUUACACUUGCUACAAUAUCGCUUACUUGAACGAUGUAAAUCACCAGUCACUGACCAUCAGUAAAGGACCAUUAAAACUUCCUCUACAAUACUCUACAAAAGUUAAAACAACUUUAGUUUAAAACAUUGCGUGUUUAGAAUAAAAAUUUUGAGAGGUUAACCAUCAUAUUAAUACUUAAUGGUCAUAAAAAAUAUGGAACUGUUACGAGGGCUUUGUUUCGAUCGACAAUUUAUUAGUGUUGUAAUUUACAUAAUCUAAUCUUUAAAAUGUUAAAUAUAUUUAAAUUUAAUUUUUGUUACUUGAUCCAAGAGAUGUGUCUCAUUGAUUUGUUUUUAAAUUCUAAGCUACAUUUUUUCCACAGUGUACAAUGAUUUUAUGAUCAAAGAAUGCACUGCGAAUGAUGUAGACAAUUCAUCGACAUCAGUUCGACUUAUAUACAAUCUGUAAGUUUUAGCUUAAUUAUUUUUCAGUUAUGCGAAAACAUUUAAUAAUAUUUUUUUUCUUUGAUUUUAGAAAAUUGUUUAAUUUAACUCUUAUCUAUAUAUUUUUUUUCUUCAGAAGAAUAAUUUGAACAAGCUUUUAAAAAACAUGACCAGUUAAUGACAUAAAUUGAUGCUGUUCAUUAUUAAAAGGGAGCAGACAUUUUAAACUAACGCAGUGAGCAUAUGUAGAUAAAUUCGUUUUGAUACUAUGCAGUAUUUAUAUCAAAUACCAGGAACAUUUUAAAGUUCCAAUUUCAAUUUCCACUAUUACAUAAUAGUUUUCACUUUGGGUGGGUGCAACCUGCUGCCGUCUAAUUCUUCACGUGCGCUCAUUUCACAGAAACAAAAAUGUUACAGAACAACUCCAUCUAUGCCAUUAUGCUGAGACUGGAUGUUCAAAAUCUUUCAAAUAAAAAGCAGACAACUCAACCAUUUAAAAAAUGGUUAACGUUAAACUUACACACAUUUUUUUAAAACAUUUACUUCCACCCAUCAUCCAAAUGAUGCAUACAUAUUGGAAUGAAUAAGGAAUUAAGUUUCUUAACCGAGGCUUAAUUUGAGUACGGACAAAUGAAUGCGUCUUUCCAGCAUGUUGUUCCCCACGUUGUUGACAAAAAAUGCGUUGUAUACUCUUUUUAUUAUGUCGCUCUGUCCGUUUUUGUGGAAACUUGCAUUACACAUUUGACCUACUUCCUUAAGUUUAAUUGAGCUGACACUUUGUACGCUUACUCACUCUCGAUGACAAUAAAACUUUUCAUGAUCAUUAGGCCACCAGUGACCUCCUCUUACCAUUGACUGACCUCCGCGGAUAUCUCAGGGACGGAACGUGAAAGGGACUCCGGGUUUUCACUACAGCGUUUCCUUAAAAAUGAUUACUCUUUCCCGAUAACAAUUAACAAAGACAACAUUUUUUACCACAGAAAGGUCACCGUCACCACUGACAUUUUACAUGUUUGUGUUUCAUGCUUGCCCCUUGCUUUUUUUAUUCAAAUGACGUUAACAACUUGGAAGCUUAGUAGACAUUUAUUUUUUACUGUUUAGUACAUUUUUUGGAAAAGCGCGUUUUUAAUGUAUGUUUUUAUAUUAUUUUAAUGUAUUCUUUGAUUUUGGCAUAAUAUGUAGUGGACAGUGUAUAUAGUUUAUAUAAUGUGUAUACUUUAAUUGUGGAUGAGUUGAAUUUUUUUUUUAAAUUAUUUAUUACAGGUGCCCAAAUCUUACUCUCAGUUCGUUGUUCAUGAUUCCUCCACCACCACAGGGUCUAAAAUCCAACCACACCAAGAACUCUUCCCCAUCGAAUCCGGCCGUAACGCUGAAAUUAAAGGCUUUCAUGUUUACUGAACACGGUCAAUCUGCUCGAAUAUCUUUUACCUGUACUGUUACAUUCUGCAAUGAGGAAUGUACGGUAAAUGAACCACUAAUUGUAUUGCAAUUCGUUGUUAUUUAAAUACAAAUGGGCUGCCAUUUAAAAUCUGUAUCGUAUAAAUAUUUAUGAAUUGUAUUUAAUUUUAUCAUGUUUAAAUAUUUCUUCUUUUAUUGUCCUGUCUUUCUAUUUCAAGGGUCCACAAAGUUGUUUUUCUAUAUUUUUCUUUUAAAAAAAAAAUCACUUGAAAAGAGCCGGUACCUUAUUUAACUUAUAAUCAACACAAAGAUUAAAAAAAAAGUAAAUAUUACUAUGUACAAGACGACAACUAACUAUUCUUCAACAACAUUUUCCUAUUUCGUUUCAGCAAACGUGUUCAGGUAAGUGAAGGUAUUGUAGAUUGUAGAAAGCAACAUCGUUCAUGUAAUGAAAUGAUACAACUACUUACAAAUAAUGCUGUAAAUCUUUUUUUACAAGCACAAACACACAUACUUGAAACAUCUUUCAUGAAUUUUUAUUUAAAAAUUUGAUUUUAUAAAAUUAAAAAAAAUUAUAAUAAUUAAUGAGCAAAUUGUCUAAACGUUUAUUGUUUGCGAACACAAAAGUAACCUAAUUCCUAAAUCUCAGAAGCUUGUAAUAAAAUAUAAGUCAUCUUUUAUAAUUAACAACACAUUUUAGAUGUCACACAGUCGGCUAACACCGCUGGAAGAAAAAGGAGAUCAGCAGAUAACGAAGCCAAGGUUUCUGCUGUGGUCACUGUGGUGGAUCCUUUUGCUAAUGUUAAAGGUAAUGAAAAAACUGAAUAUUCAUUGUAACAAGAAACAAUAGUGUGAUUCCGAUUCCUACUCUUUGCCUGACGACACCCAACUGUUACGGAACUAAAUGAUGCGUGCUACGAACAAUUUCCAUUACUAUAAAAUUGUACUUAUUUCAAUUGCGUCGUCUCUAAUACAUUUAAAGAAUCUGAGAUGGCUAAAUAACAAACUAAAAAAUAUUUUUAAUAUGCUUUUGUAUAAAACAAAACAAAAAAACUGCUUGAACUUGUUAAGGUGUUGUCAAAGAUUAUUGAAAAACAUAAGUAAACACUUGGGCCCAUUAGUAAACAAGUGCCCCACAAUAGUUUGGGGGUAAUUAUUUUCUAUGUAUAACAUUGUAGAGUUCUAGAGCACUUGUUUUCACGUCUUUGCGUUUAAAUUGUUUUUUCUUUGUUAAUAUAGCUCAAAUUAAUUUGUUGACAUUUAAAGUAGGUUUAUAGACAAUUACAUAAUAUUUUUUUUUCAAAUAUUACAAUAUCACCGAUGCACUAAGCAAUGAUAGUCUACAGCAUGCACAAGAUUGUAGAACGCUAGCCGAAUAGACCAUCUCCACUACAAACAGAUUCAGUGGCAAAUUAUAUUUUGAAGUGAACUGAACUGGGUAUCAAUAAAGUUGGUACUGUUAUGAUCUUGUUCGUGGGCGUGGCUCAAAUGCAGUGUGUCUUUCAGAAAUUCCCCCCCCCCCCGGGAGCGCUCUUCAGGUUUUCGGGGUCAGUUCAAGCAGUUCAAGUUGAUUUAUUGUUGGACAUAUUUUUGCUCCGGGAGGGGGGCACUUGGCUUUCCCGGGGGGGGGGAGGGGCCACCCCCCGGAGAUAUAGCUGAAAGUAACCCUGCUGAAAUGUCGAGACCAUGGGGACGAAUGUAGAGUCCAAAGAGAGUUUAUAGUUUUAGUCAAGCUAGUGUGUUUAGUGUAGUGCUAGUAGUCUUCGUUUUGGUAGUUCAUUGCUGAGACCUCUAUUUUUGGGCGGAUUCUCAUAGCGCUUGUACUGGAGUUCAUGUUAGAAUGUUUAUCAGCUGCAAUAAAUAUAAUGUUCAUCAUAGUUGAUUGGGUUACAUUGUCAACAUGUAAUAUCUCUACAAAGUAGGUAAAAGAGUUUCAAUAUUCUACCCUAGUUCGUCAAUAGCCUUAACUGCUCGAAAUCAUGUGAGGGCGUCCGUAACUGUUGUAAAUGUAUGUUUUGGGUGGUUCUGAUAAUCUCUUUAUUCUUUCAUUCCUCCAGAGUUGAAGAACACAAAUCAGAUGGAGCAGUGCCUGCAGGAGCCGAGUUUCAUCGCAACGUUGGCGACGUGUGGGGCGGUCAUUUUUAUUCUACUUAUAAUAUGCAUCAUACUCGCAACAAAGCUGAUGACGCUCAGGCAGAAGAGAGUGAAUGAGCCAACGGGUUGUACAGGACCAGCAUUUGAAUUGAGAAUUCCACGUCUGUCUGUUUCCAACUCGAAGGAACAUUUCUAUCAUCAUGAUUGAACAUUUCACGCUUUAUUGCAUAGUAUUGUAUCUUAAACAACGCUUGAUAUUUUAAGCAGAUAAUCGGGUAUAUAGCGUAUCUUUGCACGAGACAGAGGGGAAUUAGAAAAAAAAUAUGAAUCUAUAAAAUCAAACUCGCAUAAGUCAUCAGUGAUUUUAAUUAUAUAUUUAUAAAAAAAACUUACAGAUUAGCAACACACAUUUAAUGAUGAAAAAUAUAAAUGUCUUAACAUCAUUCAUUUUUUUCGCAUGUCACGUUAUUAUACAAUUACAAACGCAACAAGAUAUUUCAGUUAUAUAUAUAUAUAUAAACAACUUCAGUUAAAGCCUUUUAGGGUUAUCGAUACCUUUUUUGUUUAACUGACAUUAAAUCUGUGUAAUAAUUUGUGCAUAAAUAAACAGAGAGGAAAUUCUUUUAAAUAUAUAAUUAUCUCUCUUUAAUCUUUCAAUGAAGCUACCCUUCACGUUACAUAUUACACAUACAUGUCGUGAACGAGACUGCUACAAAAUUAUGUGAUUGUUAAACAUGGAUGGAUUAAUCACGAUGUUUUCUUCGACACAGUUAACUUACAAAUUACGAUGGUUUUACCCGUAGCACAUUCGGGAAUGGUCAUGUGAUAAUAUUGGAGCGAUCUUCAAUUUCGUGUC